AUGGCCUCAGAACAAAGCUUCUCCUAUGGUGGUUUCAGAGCUUCGGAACUAGACUCACCAACUGAUUCAGAACUUCAUGCCAUGGAAACCCAAUUGCAGGUUGAGGAAAUGCGAGAUGAGAUGCGUCAACAACUUGGCGAGUUUAGGGAGGAGAUACGCAACUUGAAAAGGAAAGGGACAAUGAUGGGUGUUGUUGGAUUUGCAGUGAUGUCGUUGAUUGGGGUUCGUGUUUGCGUCGAAUGCAGUGGAUGGGGAUUUUGUGUAUCUACUUUUUUACCAUUCUUCUUAGCCACACCACUUGUUGACUCACAUUCACCUUCUCCUAUUUUGAAACCAAUUCCACUUCUAGUAUCACCUUCACCCUUUCCAUUCCCAUUUUGCCCUUGA